GAGGAGAGCUGUGCGUGCGCCAGUUUGCAUUGAGCACCAGGUUUAGGGCAGUUCCUCUCGGGGAGACUGGGAUUUUCAGGGUCUGGAUGCAGGAUUUGGAGAGGGUCUUCUGACUUGGAUCUAGUGAGGGGCAGACAUGGCCCCCGGGGGACGCUUUAGGAGUACCCUGUGUCUGGUGGUAGCGCUGGUGCAGGUUGUUGCUGUUGUAUGUCAACAAGAUGCCAGAACUGUUUCCGAUGACACUACAUCAGCAAACUGCAUCGUGGGUGUUCAGGUGUAUCUCCAUAAUGCCAUAUGGAAUCCGGAUGUGUGCACUGUGUGCGUGUGUGUCAAUGGCAUGUCCCUCUGUGAAGACAUCAUAUGUGACCAUGUGGCCGACUGUGAUGACCUCAUAACCCUCGCGGGGGAGUGCUGCCCCGUCUGCAACAGCACCUACGAAAGUGUCAAGGGUCACAUAACGGUCAUGGGACUGAAGGGUCAAAAAGGUGAGCCUGGUGAUAUUCCUUAUAUUGUGGGCAUCCCUGGACCUACAGGCCCAAUGGGUCCCCCAGGAGCGCAGGGAAACACUGGCCCACGAGGAUUUAAAGGCCGAAAGGGAUUCCAGGGACCUCCAGGUUUCGACGGAGAGCCCGGUGUUCCAGGAAACCCAGGGUUGCCUGGAGCCCCUGGUGAACAAGGCCCACCUGGAGGUAUAGCAGCUCACAUGGCAUCAGGAUUCAAUGAGAAGUCCAGUCUGAGUGGGAUGGUGUCGUCUUCUAGGGGUGAAGCUGGACCACGAGGACCCCCUGGACAGACGGGUGCACCUGGACCACCAGGAGGACAGGGCAUCCCAGGAGAGGCUGGAGAUACAGGACCAAUGGGUGAACCAGGGCACAGAGGACCAGACGGACCUCCAGGGAAACCAGGCCCCGAUGGAGAUUCUGGAGCUGCAGGUGCUACAGGAGAGCCUGGCUUCCCAGGGUCUGUGGGGGCAAGAGGUUUCCCAGGUCUACCCGGGCUACCUGGACUCAAGGGUCAUAAAGGUUAUGCAGGUUUGGUCGGACCAAAGGGUGAGGCAGGUGCCGUGGGACUCAAGGGGACAUCUGGGACCCCCGGUCAGAUGGGAGCUCCUGGCCCUCUGGGACCACCGGGGAUGCAGGGAGAGAGAGGCCGAGCUGGACCCACUGGACCAGUGGGUAAACGUGGCACACCGGGUCAUGUGGGCAAACCUGGUCCUCUGGGUCCCAUAGGAAUUCCUGGAAUCCCUGGAUUUCCUGGAAAUCCUGGAAUGAAGGGAGAGGCAGGACCCACUGGAGUCAGAGGCACAGCAGGACCACAGGGACCACGUGGAGAUGCAGGCAAUGCUGGUCCUCCGGGACCAUCAGGAAAACAGGGAGAAAUGGGACCUGAUGGAGCUCCAGGAUCUCGUGGACAAGCGGGAACAGCAGGUCUGGAAGGCCCCCCUGGUCUGCUGGGACCCCCUGGUACCCCUGGCCCCCAAGGGACCACUGGACUGGAUGGACAGAAAGGACAACUGGGAGACGCAGGGGUGCCUGGGUUAAAGGGAGAGCCAGGUCUUAAAGGAGAAAGCGGAGACCAUGGUGUUCAGGGGCCACUGGGGCCCAUGGGAGACGAGGGCAAGAGAGGCCCAAGAGGAGAUGCUGGGGACAUUGGGGCCCCAGGACCUCCAGGAGAAGCAGGUGCUCCUGGAAACCGAGGCUUCCCUGGUGCUGAUGGUCUACCAGGUCCCAAGGGGGCACAGGGGGAGCGAGGGCUGCCUGGCACUCUUGGAGCUAAAGGACUUCCAGGAGACCCAGGACGCACUGGAGAGCCCGGUCUAACAGGAGCUCGGGGUCUGUCAGGACUGAUUGGUGCCCAGGGAUCAGAAGGCAAACAAGGCCCUGUGGGCUCAGUUGGAGAUGAUGGAAAACAAGGUCCAGCGGGAUCCACGGGUACAAGAGGAGGGACCGGUCCAAUGGGUCUGCCCGGGCCAAAAGGACUUGCAGGUGAUGCUGGUAAAAUAGGAGAGGCUGGAAGUCCUGGUCCUCCUGGGCAAAGGGGUGUGAAUGGUAAAGAUGGAGAGACAGGAGCUGCAGGUCCUCCAGGCCCCGCUGGGCCAGCAGGAAAGAGAGGGGAGCAGGGACCUCAAGGACUCAAUGGCUUUCAGGGUUUGCCAGGACCUGCGGGCCCUCCUGGAGAAUCAGGAAAACCUGGUAUUGAGGGUUUAGCUGGUGAGGCUGGGGCACUGGGCGCCACUGGUCCUAGGGGAGAGCGAGGGCCUCCUGGAGAGAGAGGUGAGGUUGGACCAAAUGGACUGCCAGGACCUAAGGGUGGUCCUGGAGCUCCAGGACCUGAUGGACCAAAGGGAGCUGCAGGACCCAAAGGAGCAGUUGGAGAACUUGGUCCUCAGGGGCUUAUGGGAAUGCCUGGAGAGAGGGGUAUCCCAGGGCCAGCAGGACCCAAGGGAGAGGCUGGGAGUGUUGGAGAAGCAGGACUUGAAGGCAAAGCAGGAGCUGAUGGACCAAGGGGACUGGCUGGUUCUGUGGGACCCCCUGGACCUGGUGGACCCAACGGAGAGAAGGGAGAGAUUGGACCUCCAGGACCAACAGGCCGACGAGGGACCAGAGGAAUCGCUGGUUCCACUGGAGAUCCCGGUCCUACUGGUCCUGCUGGAUUCCCUGGACCUCAGGGAUCUGAUGGCCAGCCUGGAGUGAAAGGAGAGACUGGAGAGCCUGGUCUGAAAGGAGAGGCAGGAUCACCAGGGCCUCAGGGGUCUGCUGGUAAACCGGGUGAACAGGGCCCAGUUGGCGUGACAGGACUGAAGGGGGCCAGAGGAACUCAGGGACAAACUGGUGCUCCUGGAUUCCCUGGGUUGCCAGGAGGUAUUGGGCCUGCAGGUGCUCUUGGUGCUGUGGGAGCGGAUGGGCCUUUAGGUGCCCCUGGUAAACGAGGCCCUCCAGGCAUACAUGGAGAGAAUGGAGCCCCAGGACGUGUGGGAGAGAGAGGCUCUCCGGGACCCGCCGGAGCUCCAGGAGAGAAGGGAGAGUCUGGGGAGGACGGGCCUCCGGGCCCAGAUGGACCCCCAGGGCCCGCUGGAACUGCAGGUCAGAGAGGUGUGGUGGGCAUCCCAGGAGUCAGAGGAGAGAGAGGCAUGAUGGGAUUGCCAGGCCCCGCUGGGGCUCCAGGAAAACCAGGAGGUUCUGGAACACCAGGCUCCAAAGGCCCUGCUGGAGGUGUUGGUUUACCAGGAGCAACAGGACCACGAGGGGAGCCAGGUCCUGAGGGUGUAGUUGGUGCAGAAGGUGGUCCCGGUAAAGACGGUCUUGUAGGAGCCAGGGGAGACAGGGGUAACCCUGGUCCAGAGGGACUGCCGGGUCCUGGAGGGUCUCCAGGAACUGAGGGACCUGUGGGAUUGACUGGAGGCCCAGGAGAGAGAGGCCCCGAUGGUGACAGAGGACCCCCAGGACCACCUGGGGCUGAUGGAAUUAGAGGCAAAGUGGGACCUCAAGGACCUCAGGGAGAGAAAGGCCCAGUGGGAGACCCUGGAGAGAGGGGUCAGAAGGGCCACAGAGGCUUCACUGGGCUCCAUGGAUUACCUGGAUCUACAGGUCAACCUGGUGAUGAUGGAACCAGAGGAAUUGUUGGACCUGCUGGACCCAGGGGCCCCCCAGGAGUCACAGGCCCCCCCGGAAAGGAGGGAAACCAGGGACAGCCAGGUCCCAUGGGUGCUCCUGGAAGCAGGGGAUCUCCAGGAGAUCUUGGAGUUCAGGGCCCUCAAGGUGAACCGGGUCCCCCCGGUCCCCCUGGCCCCCCUGGUCCACCCACCUCAGCUGUAGAUGACUUGUAUGCAUCUCCUUUGGACUAUGAUGGGACAGAGGGCAUGGCUGCAGCAGAGGCGUAUAUAGAGGGUCCAGUGAAGGCUGUCCCCGCUGCACUCCCCGAGAUCAACAAAGAUGAGGCCCUGCCCAACCACAGGCGUCCCCCCACAGGAGUCCACGCCUCCCUGAAGACCCUGACCGGGCACCUGCAGAACCUGCGCAGCCCCGAUGGCAGCAAGACCAACCCUGCUAAGACCUGCCAGGACAUCAGGCAGUGCUACCCUGACAAACCCAGUGGUGAAUACUGGAUUGAUCCAAACCAGGGCAGUGCAAAGGAUGCCAUCAAAGUCUUCUGUAACAUGGAGAGUGGAGAGACGUGCAUGUCCCCCAAGUCCCCCAGUGUCCCCCGCAAAGUGUGGUGGACCAAGUCUGUCCCCACAGCCAGCAAGCCUGUGUGGUUUGGAGCUCAAAUCAACAAUGGAAAUAAGUUGACCUAUGGGAACGCCGACGAGGCUCCUAACGUGGUGGCAGUGCAGCUGAAGCUUCUGCAGCUGCUCUCCAAAGAGGCCCACCAGAGCCUGACCUACCACUGCAGGAACAGCCUGGCCUACAAAGAUGGAAAGACCUCCAAACUGAAGUGGUCUAUGGUGCUCAAGGGCUCCAACGGCCAGGAGCUGAGGGCACAGGGCCCACCCACACUCAGAUACUCAGUCAUAGAGGACGGCUGUGCGACCGCAAACGGAGCAUGGAGUAAAACAGUUGUGGAGUACAGGACUCAGAAGUCGGUGAGACUGCCCAUCGUGGACAUCGCCCCCAUGGACAUUGGCCGGGAUGAUCAGGAGUUCGGCCUGGACGUAGGACCUGUCUGUUUCUCAUAGGACAGAGGACAGAGGGAGACAUGGACACAAACACUACAAUGCAUGUCCUGUGUGAUGAAGAGACAGGGGACAUUCCAAUGAGACAUAUUGGUUCUAAAAAUCCUGGAGCUGGUCAGAUAUUAUUUAUUCUGUCGAUAUUUGAGAGGAUGAGUGAGAAGAUGGGAUGAUGGUGCUACAGUUCUAUUUAGGUUUUAUGAAAUACUGUGUAAAAUGGAAGUUUCUUAAUGAUUUCUGUAACCCUCAGAGGCCAAGCAGGGCAAACAUAUGGCAAUAUCUGUAAUAAAGUCCAUAGGAAUAAAGUCAAGCUUGAAUUAAGUUAUUCUUUCAGAGUCACUUGUAAAUGCGAUGCAUCACUGUAAAUGGCAAAUCUUGUUUUUGUUGUCAAUGUUUAAUAAAUGACUUAUUUGGUA